AAUAUACCCACGCUCAUUUCCAUUUACUUUAGUAAUAAGGUGCCGUGUCACAUAUAAUCUGAUACUAGCAGCUAUAUAACCGAAAACCAUGGACAUCCUCGCCCAAGCUGCAGGUAACGCCCCAGCAGCCCUGGGCGGAGCGGCUCUGGCUCUGGCAACAGCCGCCUAUACCAAUGCGAAAUUCGGCAUCAAGGCCGACGUGGACAGUUUGCGAGAUGAAGCUGCAUUCGGAAAAAGACUUGCGCAACGAAUUGGCGAGUUGGGGGAUACUUGCACAUUGUACGGCAUGCUCAAAAGGGUCAUUGAGGUGAACAAGCAGGGUUCGGCAGAGGCGCUGUGGUUCGAGAAUAAGACUUGGACAUAUGAUCAAUUAAAAGAUUACGCGGAUCGCCUGGCUGCUUAUGUCUAUGCCCAAGGUAUCCGGACUGGCGACUUUGUCGCUGUCUAUACUAUUAAUUCUCCGGAAAUGGUAUUCAUAGUAUAUGCCCUCUCAAAAUUAGGAGUUGUCGCUGCAAUGAUAAACACAAACCUCAGAGACGAGACAUUCAAACACUGUCUCAAAAUCUCAACAUCAAAACUCAUCCUCUCAACGCCGGAUCUGGCCGAAUUCGUCAGAUCGGACGACAUCCCGAAAUUUUCGUUAAAUGUGUCUUCCUUUGACUCUGUGUUAAAUAUACCCGAUGAUACUACCCUGAUUACUUCCGAGACACUUGCUCAAAUCCCAGAGUCGGACGUUUCAUCCAUCCUUCCAGCGAAGAGGAGUCCCCCCGACCUGGCUGUCUUGAUAUACACGUCCGGCACGACAGGAAACCCUAAAGCAUGCGCAAUUCGGAAUAUCAUGACCUUGGUCACGUCCACACCUUUACCGAAGGACACCAGAAAUCCAUCCAAAUACUAUCCCAUGCGCAUAUACUCAUCACUACCUUUAUUCCACGGCACUGCCUUCUUCAGUGGAGUAUGCUACGCAGUCGGCAACGGUGGCACAUUAUGUCUCCGCCGAAAAUUCUCAGCCUCCAAUUUCUGGAAAGACGUGUAUGAAUCCCGGUCUACGCGGGUGUUGUACAUUGGAGAAUUGUGUCGAUACCUAUUAGCCUCACCGCCGUCGCCCUACGACAAGAAACACAAUUGCAUCAUCGCAUUUGGUAACGGACUCCGAACCGAGAUAUGGGAUAAAUUCAGUGAGCGGUUCAAUGUCCCCGAAAUCCGGGAGAUAUAUCGAUCUACAGAAGGUGUUGCGCGAUUCGAUAACUUCUACGGUGGAUCGUUUGGUGCAGGCGCAGUUGGAUUUCAGGGUCCCAUUCGACGCCUCUUCGAGCAAGAUACAUAUCUCAUCAAAUUUGAUAUGGAGACUGAAAUGCCGUAUCGCGACCCCAAAACGGGGUUCUGUGUUAAAGUCGGUGCGGGAGAAGAAGGUGAGGCCAUUGGUCGAGUACGUACUCGCCAGGCUCUGACGGAGUACCUGCAUAACGAGGAAGCCACCGAGAAGAAACUGAUGAGAGAUGUCUUUGAGAAAGGUGAUUUGUUCCAGCGAAUGGGUGAUUUGUUGGUUCGCGAUCAUGACGGUUGGAUCCGGUUUGGGGAUCGGGUUGGAGAUACUUUCCGCUGGAAAGGGGAGAAUGUCUCUGCGGGUGAAGUGAGGGAUCAUAUUUGUCGGAUGGAGAAUGUGCAGGAUGCGGUUGUGUUUGGUGUGAAAUUGAAAAAUUAUGAUGGCCAAGCAGGCGCAGCAGGCAUAACCCUUGAACGACGAACACCCCAAACAGAAGCAGCUGCAAUCAACAAUCUAUGGAAAUUCCUUCGCUCGCAGGGUGUACCAACAUACGCAAUCCCGCGACUCGUCAGAUUCACCAAGGAAGUCGCUACAGGAGUAACAUUCAAACAAGCCAAAGGCGAGCUAGCAAAGCGCAGCUGGAACCCUGAAUCACCCGUUGAUGGGGGUGAUACAUUGUAUUGGCUGAAUUCGAAGAAUGGGAAGCACCCGGUAUAUGAGAAGUUAGACAGGGAUGGCUGGGAGGAGAUUGAGAGUGGGAGGGCGAAGUUAUAA